ACUCACUCAGCCCGAACACUGGAGGAGCAAAACAUCAGCGUUCUCAGUCAGCAUCUCCCCACUCAGCAUCCUCUAGUGCAGUCAUGAAUGUAGGCAUCUGUGUGUGUGUUCUCCUGGCUGCUUUGUCCAGUGGUUCCCUGAGUUUGCCCUCACAGUUCAUGAGAGCUGAGGGUGAGGCUCCAGUGUCAGACAGUCUGCUGCCUCUCCCCUCACCCCACCACACACGGCAGGCCCGCUCGGCUCCAGCGCCCCCCUCGGGGCACCUAGGGUACCAGCCCCAGGAGGACGGAGACGCUCGGAACAGCCUGAGCCAGCUGCUGGCCAGACUCCUCUCCAGUAAAAGCUCUCCGUACCACACCAGGUCCUCCGUCAGCAGCAGAGCCAGCGGUCUGGCCCCCGGACACAGAAUAAAGGACAGAGAUUACCUCGGCUGGAUGGACUUUGGUCGACGCAGCGCAGAGGAGUAUGAAUACACCUCCUAAAGGCAUGUCAUGCUUUCGCCAAAACCUAAAUUACAACCCCCAUCACCGCCUAUAAAAGCCCCUAAAAAUAAUGAGCCCUUUUCACACUGCACUCACUGUAACCAAAAGCUGACUUGACUGGAGUCUAGAAUGAGUUUAGCAUCAUAAUAAAAGCAAAGAGAGGGAAAAUAUUUCAAAGGGCAUAACCUGAAAUCUGUGGACAAAUCUGUGAAUCUCCAUGCACAAGUUAAAAGCACUUUCCAAACCGCUCCGCAAACACUAUGUCAGAAUUGUAUAUAUACAUAGUAUAUACGCAAAAAUGUUCAAUGAAAAUAUUCUAUAUGUUUAUGUCAGGAAAUUCU